AUGGCUGGCCCCGCCUCUCCCAACGAAGGCCCCACGUACGAACCGCCACAACUUCCCCCGGGAUGGAUCGCGCAAUGGGACGGCUCGAGCAAGAAGUACUACUAUGUCCAACUGUCAACCGGUGUCUCCCAAUGGGACACUCCAACACAGGCUGCGCCCGGAGGCACGCCAGCUCAAGCAGCUGAGCACCCAUACGGCGUCCCAUCCCACCCAGAGCUCAUCACACACCCAGAUGGCACCCAGACCGUGAAGCACCCCGAUGGUCGUAUGGAGCCUGUCUUGCCGCCUGAUGGUAGCAGAGGCGUCGAUGGUCCGAAUGGCGAGAGGGGACUUGGUAGCUUUGCCGCCAACCAACUCAUGAGCCAGUUCGGGGGUAGCCAUGGAAAGCCCCACGGGGGCAGUGGUCAGGGCUCAGGCGGUGGCAUAGGAAACCUUGCAGGUCAGCUUAUCGGCGGGCUUGGAGGUAGUCACGGCAACAGCGGACACAACAGCGGACACGGGGGCCAGCCCGGAGGAGGCGCUGGCAAGCUGGUUGGCCAGCUGGCUUCGAACCUGUUCUCGUCGGGUAACAAGCCGCAACAACCGCAGAACUAUCAUGGUGGACAGUCUCAACAAGCUCAGCAUUCCGGCGGCAUAAUGGGAGGCGUUUCUGGCCUCUUCGGUGGAAAUCACGGAGGGCAAUCUGGCCAGAAUUACGGUUACUCACACGCAGGCCAGUCGGGGGGUUACAAUGGCCAAGCACCCCCUACGUCUUACCAACCGUCGACUGGCUCUACUCCUGCAUACAGCUCACCUCCGCCGAACCAACACGGAUCGGUGUCAUACGGAGCGUCCCCUAGCCAACACGGAACGCCCUCGUUCCAGCCUCCGCCGAACCAACACGGAUCGGUGUCAUACGGAGCGUCCCCUAGCCAACACGGAACGCCCUCGUUCCAGCCUCCGCCUGGGCAGCACGGAACGCCCUCGUACCCUCAAGCCGCCGGCCAUCAAGGGGCGCAUCAAAACCCUUCAUACGGUGGUUUACCACCCUCUUCGGGACCACAGUCCAGUUAUGGACACAGCCCAGUUCCUCAGCAAGGACACGGAUACCCACAACAACAUCAAUAUUCAUCCCCGCCGCCGAACCAGCCGCAAUACGCCGGUCACCAGCAAUACCCGCCUCCCCUGUCUACGUACGACAACCAGCAGUACCCGCCGCCACCAUCGUCAGGACCGCAACACUACGCAGGUCAGCCAUCGUACGCAAAUGCGGGGCCUCCUGUUCCCUCAGUUACACAUCCUCACCAUGGCCAACAUGGAGGCCAGCAGGGAGGGUAUCCUGGUAACUGGUAG